AUGGACCGUUUUUCUGGUCUUCCUGAGCCACCCCGAUCAGAGCCUAUCCUUCCUCCCUCGUCCCAAGAGAUACCUUCCUCCCCGCCUUCUGUCGCAUCUGAAUCGGGUGGUGGGCGUCGACAGAGAAAGCCGCCAACCGUCACGCCUCGGUCCUUCCGACGCUUCUUUACCCCGCGGUCUCUACUGAACAGUGGCAACAAUGCUAGCAAUGUGAAGACAAGUCGCCAGGCCCUACGGGCGCUGACCUCGCCAGCUGUGAAUCGCCUCGGUCCUGCUUUUACCAGGUCAUCCAAGGCGGGCGGUGACCAAAGCCCUAACCAUGGUCUACCGGAAGAUUUCCCUCGCACUCCAAGCAGGAAACGAAAGCAUUCAUUCUCGUCGGUGGCGUCCCCGCUGCAAUCCUCGCCAUUGAAGAAAGUCCGUGUGCGGUCUCCUGUGAGAGACGACCUGGAGCAGAGAGCUGUUGUUGGAGAUAUCGAUGUGACCGCUGUGAUCGCGCGGGGCCGAAACACCCAAACGACGCCGCCUAGUCCUCCCAAACGCCGACCGGUCUCGCCUAUCAGCCGAUCUCGAGUGUUGCAAACAUCCGGUUCAUUCUUCAUGCGAACUCUACAGGGUUCGCGUGCGAACCGGCUGACUAUUCGAUCAACUGUGGGAGCUGGAUGGCAAGAUCUUACAUCUGACUUCCACUCGCGACCAGAAGACCGUCAUUCAUGCGCUAGCUAUGCUAAUGAUGGGCAAUUGGCACUUCCGUUUUGCAAUGCUUCCUGCAACACAAAUUCAUUGGUCGCGGUUGGCGAUGAGGAAGGUGGCAUUCGUCUGUUGGAUUCCUCUAAAGAGGAUGAACGAGGAUUCUCUAGCGCGUAUCUUGGUUUCCGUCCGCAUAUGAAUUCGAUCAUGGAUCUAGAAUUCUCAUCCGACGACCUGCUAUUGGCUACCGCUUCUGGAGAUCAAACAUCUCUCGUAAUCGACAUGACCACGCAGCGGCCCAUCCACUGUCUUCACAAUCAUGUGUCCUCGGUAAAGCGAGUUCAGUUCCAGCCUGCUUCCAACAAUAAGGUUCUCGCAACAUGCAGCCGCGACGGAAACGUGAACAUUUGGGACCUUCGCUGCAAGGGAUUUGAGCGCCCAUCGCUGCAGGUUCGGUGCUCGUUGGAAUCUGAAACCGAGUCCUCCAGUGCUUCUGCACCUCCCAAGAUGACGUAUCCUCAUGUUCUCAAUACCAUCCAUGGCGCUCACGCAUACACCACGCCGCAAAAGCCUGCUCUGGACAAAUCGGAAGCCCCUCCAUUCGGAGAACCUUUUGUCACGGCCUCCGAGGCUAGUGCCAGUGUCCGACUUUGGGAUUUGCGGACAGCGCAUAACAACCGCCGUGGCCGACCCGUUCUACCAUUAUCCACUACCCGCGAGCCUGACAGUCACAUCAAGUACCGACGGUUUGGCCUUACAUCAAUGGCUUUUGGUGGCGAUGGUGCAAGACUGUACACCCUCUGUCGAGAUGGUACCGUCUACACAUAUUCAACCUCCCACUUGGUGCUUGGACACGCACCUGAGCUCUCCCUCAACCAUGCUCACCCGCGACGAUCGGGUGGUUCUGACAAAGAGGGACUGGGUCCCUUGUAUGGAUUCCGCCACCCUCGACUUCAAGUUUCGACAUUCUAUGUUAAGCUCGCAGUGCGCAAAGCUUCUGAUGACCGUGCAGAAAUGUUAGCAGUUGGUAGUAGCGAUCACUGUCCCAUUCUGUUCCCCACCGAUGAACGAUUCCUGCAGGCCCCCGUAAAGACUUUGUCCAAUGAUCUGCCUCCUACCCGAACCUCUCUCUUCACAACUCGAUCCGGCCUCCGCCGUACCAAUUCUGGUGUGGGAUUGUCCGGAAGACUCGACGAUACCAUCCCGAUCUACGAAUCUGGUACGCCUCUGGUCGAAGGGCACCAAAAGGAAGUCACGGGCAUUUCCUGGACGGUCAAUGGAGAGCUGAUUACCGUCAGCGAUGACUAUCACGCCCGGUGCUGGCGCGAAGGCCCCGAAGCUCGUGAGCUUAGAACUCAGGGCCAAAAGGAUGGACGAGACUGGCAGUGUGGAUGGGCUGCCGCGAAAGACUCCUAUGAUGAUGAAGAUGAAUGA